UUGUACACUGUUCACCAGCCAUGCGGGCCGCUGUGCUGUUCUGUGUCUUGGUGCUGACUUCCGCAUCCCCUGGUCCUAGGAAGAAGGCUGAUCAGAAAUUUCUAAAGAAGCAAGACAAUCUGUUGCUGUUGUUUGUGAAUAUUCACGAGCCCAACUACAAUAAGGAUCAACAGCAGCUGGGCAACACUUUUGACUUUGACAAACAACUCGAACACUUCGAGAAUACCAAUGUUGUUCAGCAGUUCCAGUACACAUACAAGCUGGGUCUGCUUCCUCGUGGGGAAAUAUUCAACUACUAUGACUCCAACCAUCUGCAACAGGCCAUCCAACUGUUUGAUGUCCUCUACUUCGCCAAGGACUAUGACACGUUCUACCAGGUCGCUUGCUGGGCUCGAGACCGCGUCAACGAGGGUCAGUUUGUCUACGCCCUGAGCGUAGCCAUCGUCAAACGUCAUGACACCCAGGCCAUCGCCUUGCCUCCCCAGUCCGAGGUCUACCCCCAGCUGUACAUAAACUCCAGGGCUAUCCAGCAGGCACAGUACUACAAGCAGCAAGGAAAGAAGUCUGCGAUUGUAAUUUCCAAUACUACCGGGUUCUACUAUGGAAACCCUGGUAGUGGUCAAUCUGUCGACUCACACAACGGCCCACACCAGUUCGACAGCAGGAUAAGCUACUUCUCAGAAGACAAGAAUCUCAACCAACUGUUCGCCUUCCAGCAGAUCAACUACCCCAACUGGUUUAACGAGCUCAAGUACGGCUACAAGUGGCAGAAGAGAAAUGGUGAGAGGUUUUACUACUACCUGCAGCAGCUUCUGGCUCGCUACAACCUGGAGAGACAUGCUAACGGCCUGACACCUGCCAAGCCCUUCCAGUUCAACGAGAAUGUACAGCCCGGGUACAAUCCUCAACUGUCGUACUACAAUGGCCAAGCUGUGCCGGCUCGUCCUGGCAACGUCGACAUCAACAACGCCAACUCUCUAUUCUUCCAGCAGCUGCAAACUCUGGACAGGCGCAUAGCUGACGCCAUCGACAGUCGCCAGGUCAAGAAUGUGAAUGGAACCAACCGUAGACUGGAUGCUGACAAUGGAGCCGAAGUUCUAGGAGACCUGGUGCAGGCGAAUACCAACUCUGCUAAUAACGAGUACUACGCUGCUAACAACGGUCUCUACGGUUACCUCGACGUCUUCCGGCAGUUGGUGGGUGGUAUCGUGGACCCCUAUCAUCAGAAUCAGGUUGCCCCAGGAACAAUAGAGAACGAAUCGGCCGCCCUAAGGGACCCCGUGUUCUAUCAAAUUAUCGCCCGAGUUGCAGGCUUCCUCCAAGCCUUCAAGAAUCAGCUGAAGCCCUACAAGCAGGAGCAGCUCGAGUACCCCGGAGUCCAGGUCCAGUCUGUGAAUGUGGACAAGCUAGUGACUUACCUGGAUGAGGCUGAGGUAGAGCUGUACAAUGCUAUUACCUACCAGCAGGGUGAACAGGCCGAGACCUACCAGUACAAGGCCCGUCAGCCACAACUCAACUACAAGCCCUUCAACUACAACAUCCAGCUGACCAGCGACAAGGACGGUGACGCUGUUGUGCGAGUCUUCUUCGGCCCUCAGUACGAUGUGCAGGGCCGUCCCUUCAACUUGGAACAGGCUAGGCAGUACUUCGUUGAAGUUGAGCGGUUCAUCGCCAAGCUGAAGAGUGGGCAGAACACGAUCAAACGCAACUCGCAGCAAUCCUCCAUCUUUGUGGAUGAGCAGACUGGGCUGCGCUCUUUGAUCGGUCAGGUGCACGAGGCCCAGAGAGGCGGACAACCGUUCUACAUAUAUGAGGGUCACAACACACAACAGGCCAGUUUCCCCCAGAAUCUGUUGCUGCCUCGUGGGUCCAGUGAAGGACAUCAGUUCCUGAUGCUAGUGACCGUCAACUCGUAUGAGCCUAGCGAGCAGAAGUUAAGGAUACAGAGUCAUAUUGAUGGUUUAUAUUUGUUUUUAGGGUCACAAUACACAACAGGCCAGUUUCCCCCAGAAUCUGUUGUUGCCUCGUGGGUCCAGUAAAGGACAUCACUUCCUGAUGCUGGUGACCGUCAACUCGUAUGAGCCUAGCGAGCAGAAGUUAGGACAGAACGUGAAUCCUCCCAACGAUGACAGACCACAGGGUUUCCCUUUAGAUCGCCGCGUCAAUGACAGGAUCUUUAAGCAAAUCGGCAACUUCUACUUUAAACCUGUCACGGUAUACCUCAAGGAACAGCGGGAAUUGAAUAGUAUUCCUACUGUUUAAGAAAAAUACAGAAGUUAAGGUGAUGGAAUAUAAUUUUUACUAUGUAAUUUUUAAAAUUUAAUAGUCACAGCCCUUAAAAAAAUUGUUUAAUCAUGUUAUGAAGGGCUAUAGGCUUUUAAAAGUAGUCUUUAGAGUAUUAUUUUUAUAACGAGGCUUUAAAUAAUCGGCUGCAGAUAUUGUUUCGAACGACUUUACAGGCAAGCUAUUAAUAAAAUAUUACUACGGCAAAUCAUAUUGUUUAUAAAGAAUUGGGUUUAGAAAAUAACAUGAAUUUUAUUAAAUAUGACAAAUGAAA